CAAAUUUCGGUUGAACCAAUAAAAAGUGUUCACUGAGCGUCACAAGCCAACAUAACUCAACAGGUCGCAAUCGCGUCAAGUUCGGUGGCUCAGAAGAGGCAACUCACGUCACAGCAUGAAAACAUCAUCAGUGUGGAUCACCUUUGCCGUAGCCAUAACAGCGAUAGAAGGUCAUUACUACACCGAGUUGGAAUUGGAUCCCCAUCUGCACACGGAUUUCCACCUCGCCGAAGGUGAUUCCUAUUAUCCAUUGGACGUGGAAUCAUAUCAAAAUCACCUUCCGUUUGAGCUAUAUCAGCCCAGCUCGACAUUUUGGGACCAUUUUCUGCAGAAACCAAAGUUCAUGAACUAUCAGGCUCAACCGAAUUCACUGAUCAAUUACACACCCGUGGAGCCAAAUUCGUGGAUCAAGCCAAAUGUGUUCGUCAAUGGGCAGGGUUACAUCACGGAUCGGUACGUGGCGCCAACGAUGCUGAAAAGGUUACUCGCGAUGAGUCCUCGAUAGGGUGGAAAGUUUCAUUAUUUUUAUAAACAAAAUAAAAAGGCUGACUUUUGCCAUUUAUUUAU